AUGUGACCGAAAUAUAUGUUGUUGUUUUCCUGGGUGUGUACCCAGAGACAGGUGUUUGCAGGUGUGGGAGAGGUGAAAGACCACACCCCCAACCCAUGCGACGCCUCAGCCACCAUCAUGGACGAUAACAGCAAGAGGCAAGGCACUAGGGUCUUCAAGAAAAGUUCUCCGAAUGGCAAAAUUACAGUGUACCUGGGCAAGAGAGAUUUUGUCGACCACAUCACCCAUGUUGACCCCAUAGAUGGCGUUGUCCUGAUCGACCCUGAGUACCUGAAGGACCGGAAAGUGUUCGGCCAUGUGCUUGCCGCCUUCAGGUACGGCCGGGAGGACCUGGACGUGUUGGGCCUCACCUUCAGGAAAGACCUCUACCUGGCCUCCGAGCAGAUCUACCCCCUUGAUGCCACCACCAAGAGGCCACUCACCAGGUUACAGGAGCGGCUCAUCAAAAAGCUUGGAUCCAAUGCUUUCCCAUUCUUCUUUGAGCUGCCGCCACAUUGCCCCGCCUCGGUCACCCUGCAGCCGGCCCCCGGGGACAUGGGCAAGCCGUGCGGGGUCGACUAUGAGCUCAAGGCCUACGUUGGCGACACUGUGGAGGACAAGCCUCACAAACGGAACUCGGUGCGGCUGGCCAUCAGGAAGGUGAUGUACGCCCCCAUGAAGCAGGGUGACCAGCCGAGCGUGGAGGUCAGCAAGGAGUUCAUGAUGUCCCCUAACAAGCUGCACCUCGAGGCCUCCUUAGACAAAGAGCUGUACUACCACGGGGAGACAGUUGCAGUCAAUGUCCACAUACAGAACAACUCCAAUAAGAGUGUCAAGAAAAUUAAAGUAUCAAUCCGGCAGUUUGCAGACAUUUGCCUCUUCUCGACGGCGCAGUACAAGUGCACAGUGGCCGAGGUGGAGAGCGAGGACGGGUGUCCUGUAGGGCCGGGCUUUACCCUCUCUAAAGUGCUGCACCUCACACCACUGCUUCUUAACAACAAGGACAAACGCGGCCUGGCCCUUGAUGGCCAGCUCAAGCACGAGGACACUAACCUGGCGUCCUCAUCCAUGGAAGGCUGCCCUGUGGGGCCUGGCUUCUCCGUCAGUAAAGUUUUCUCGCUGACGCCACUGCUCACCAACAACCGAGACAAGUGGGGGCUGGCCCUCGAUGGCAAGCUUAAGGACGAGGACACCAACCUUGCGUCCUCCACUGUAAUCACAGACUCGUCGCAGAAGGAGAACCUGGGCAUUAUCGUGCAGUACAAGGUCAAGGUGAAGCUCAUCCUUGGGCCCCUUGUUGGAGACCUGGUGGCAGAACUCCCAUUCACUCUGAUGCACCCCAAGCCCGAGGAGGAGCCGGAGAACAACAAGACAGCCGCCCCGACCACCUCCUCCCCAUCACAGGACUCUGAAUCCGCUCCGCCUGUGGACACCAACCUCAUUGAACUUGACACAGAUGGGACCACUUGCUACGCCGACCAGGACGAUGACAUCAUCUUUGAGGACUUUGCUCGCCUACGGUUGAAGGGCGAGACAGAGGCAUAGGAACACCUGGGCAGGUGAGUCAUGUCCGCAACAAUACCAGUAUUUACUCAGGCACUGAACUGAGCAACCCAUGAGUUCACACUUGAGACGAGGUGGCAUUGUGUGAGGUGCUGUCCAUCGGGUGUGGACAGGCAGGGCGGGGCGGGGCGGGGAGCAGCAGCACCACCAUCACCACCAACACACAUCCACGGUGCCACGCAGAGGGAACCGGUGUGCCUGUGUGUCGCCUCCAUAGCUCUCUAAGAAGUGGAAUUGCCUACUUGUGCUUCAUGUUUUAGCUUCAGCCUAUACCAUAAAUCCUGUGCUUUUAUUUUAGAGCAUUAUUAUUAUUAUUAUUAUUAUUAUUAUUAUUAUUAUUAUUAUUAUUAUUAUUAUUAUUAUCAUUAUUAUAAUUAUGAUCAACAUUUUUUCCGUUACCUAAUUUGUACACAUGCUGUAUAUGAAGUGUAUCCUGACAACAGGACAAUACUUAAUAGAAUUUAAUGUCUGUCCUAGAUUUUAGUGGCUUUAUCAACGGAGCACAAUCAAAGUGUGUGUGAGUGUCGCUGAGAGGGACUGACUGACUCUGUGGCCAUGAAGGUAUAGAUAUUUGCAGUGAUUAACACAAGACCUCACAUCAUUGGAAUUUGCACAAUAUCUGUAAAAGAAGUCAUGAAAACUGAAGGGGCAGGAAGGUACAUAUUUUUGUAAUUAAAAUGAUUAGCAUUAUGUGCUAGCUCCCUGAGCAUUAUUAUAAGCCUCGGUGAUUUACCUUGUGAUCUAUUGUACUUUUUUUAUGAUCUAGGACUUAAGGAGAAGUCUUCAAAUUUCCACAUAUACCUGAGUGUGACACAGAGUGGGAGUAAGAUGGCGUGUGUACAGCAGCACCGACCACAGCCAUCGUGAGGAGGCCAAGCUACCUCAACAAACAUAACGUGAACCUUUCUUUCCGGGUGAAUGUGUCUUGACCAAGUGGCGUGCCAUGGCAUGGUGUUGGUGUAUGUGUGAAAACCAUCCUUUGCUCUCUAAACUGCUGUGCACAAAUAACGCAGCUCUGUCAUGGUAGAGUUGCCAAGUGCUCGACUCUUUCAUGAAUACAACUGUAGCAGAAGAAAGCUUUUAUUCAGCAAGAGAAGUUUUAUAGAGACUGUCUUGAAACAGAAGUCAGUACCGGGCAGAAACAUGCUGUGUGUUGUGCCGACUACAGGCACUGAAGAAAAUACGGUUCAGAGGUAAAUUUCACUUAUGUAUUUGAAUGAAACAAAAUCUGGAAGACAUCAUUGAAAAUUUUCUGUAGAUUAGCUGCACUCUGUGCCUCUCACAAAGAUAUUCUUGUUACAGACAGGAAAGCAAAGAUGUUGAAUUCCUGCGCUAUGGUUAUGUACCUUUAUUCGACCACAUAUCCAUUGCUGCCUUCAAGUUGUUACACCACAAAAAAGGAUUGUGUUUUGAGCUCAUUGGAAGACUACUACAUGCUUUUAGUUGAUCUGUACUGCAUGUGCUAUUUGAAGAGCAACCGUUCUGUAAUGCUAAGUUAAAGUGCAACCAUGGCUAUGUUGUACUCCUGUCCAAAAUGUCAUACAGAAGCUAAAGCUAACCGCAGUGUAGACGUGAUGUUCCAGGAAAGCUAUGCCAUGUCAGACGGCUGUCAACGCAGGGACGGGGCGGGACUCCCUCAGCUGGGCAGACUUAUAUCUUACCAGAAAAUGUGGCUUUCCCUCUGACCUCUUCCACCUGUAGAGUCACGAGUGGCGGGUUGUGCAUAUUAUUUUAGAAGUGUCAGUAAAUAUAGGCUUCAGCAGUUUUAUUUUCUAUAUUUUGUUACAUGUUCAAGUGUUUGUCAAAUUGUUCUUCACUAAUGCUGACUGAAAUUUUAAACCAAGAAAAUUUUGAUGUACUUAUGCUGUACUUCAGACUGUAAGAUUUUAUAUGUUUUAAUGGUAAAUCUAUGUAAGUUUGAUAAUAAUAUAGGAGCUGGGUAUUCAAGUUCCUUCUGUAAUGACUAAUUAUAGUUUUAUACAAGAUAUAGAAAAAUACUGGGGAAAGUGAUUCAGAAAAAUAUAAUAAUACAUAUUAUAUAUAUAUAUAUAUAUAUAUAUAUAUAUAUAUAUAUAUAUAUAUAUAUAUAUAUAUAUAUAUAUAUAUAUAUAUAUAUAUAUAUAUAUAUGAUAUGAUAUGGCACUGAACCAGCAUGUCAGGUUCAUCUUUCAACAUUAUACUAUUUUGAUUGAGAAUCUGUGUCACUAACUUGUUCUGUCAUUAUACUUAGGUCCCUCCUCACAGGCCUCACACAGCUGGCCUCAGCCACUCUGCUCUUCAGGACCAGCGCUGGGGCUAACAAAAUAUAAAAUGUUAUUUCCUGAAGUUCACAAAUUAUUAAACAUGCACCUUUAAUCAAGCUGUUUAUUGCCUCAAAAUUUUGUUGAAGCCCAAAAACUUCUCGUUUGAUGAGACAUUGAUUUAUUCUUGUGAAUAUUUGGGUUUUUAUAAAUAUUUGUGAUGCCUUAAUUUUUCAACAAUCCUAGUUACCAGGCAGCAUCAUUGUUGGACAGAAAUCUGUAUUUUAAAUAUAUUACAAAUCAGCAACAAUAGAACAUUCCUGAUUAUUGCUUUGUGUUGCAGCAUUGCGGGUAAAGACUUAUCAAUAUUUUAUAAAGCAAAAGAAGUACAUGUUUAGUAUAUUUGUGGCCAAUGCCUACCACAGUUGUUUUAGACAGGAAACCAGGAGCAGCAUAGGUCUUGCCUCCCUGCUCGCUGUCUUUUUUCUGUUUGGUUGGGAAAGGAUCACUGAUUUAGGCACAAGAUUGUUUGCAGGCCAACAUACAGACUUCACCGGCUACACAAACAGAUUCAAGAUGGAUUAUUUUUAUACUGCCUUCCAGUUUGUUUUAGGUGUGCUUCAAUAAUUUGCUUUUUUUUCCCAUAACACGGACCGACACCUUAUUUUGUUGGGUGUGUGCUGUGUGUUCCCCGGGCAGUGUUGCUCGUGGCCACUGGUGCCUCUAGCAGCUCAUUGGCACUGCUCUGGGGCUCCAACACAGCUCAUACCCACACCUACAUACACUGGCUUACUGGUACUCAAAGAUGCCCUCACUCCCCUCAUAAAUGCCUUUUUAUAGUCUUAAUUGGAUUGAGCAAUUUAAGUUGUGCAUUUUGGAGCAAAUUCAACUAUUAUAUACAUAUGUAUUCACUUGUGGGGUGUUUCGGGGUUGAUGUAGAGUGAAAGCUAAUUGUAGGAAGGAUGACAAAUUCUAUCAGUGUGCUUUUGUUAUGCUUAUCUUGUGCAUCUGAGUGAGUGGGACUGACAGGAUUUAUAUAAAUGAAAUUGUUGUCACUUGUAUGUGCUAGCGUGUGUACUUGGGUUUUGUGGGCGAGACUCACCACCUAUAGAUUUCCUGCACUGAAAAUGGACUCAAGCAGGCAGAAUAUUUUGUAUGUAGAUUUAGUGUUGUAUGCCAGAAUGUUAGCACAGUCCAGCCAUGCUGACUUUUCUAGUUAUAUUUAUAAAUGGAAAUUAUGAUUUUUUUUUUUGUUGUUUUUUUGUAGAUAGUAAAUUGUCAAAAUUAUUAUUGAAAUGCACAGUUAUUUCUCCAAGUCCUUCUUCAAACAUGGUGGUAGAGGUCUGUAGACCAAAACAAGCAUAAUAUUUACUGGUGUUGAUACUUGCUGUGCCUCAGCACUGGUGGUGUGGCAGCAGCACCGCAGCCAAGGCACUGGGGCCAUCACUGCUGUCCAGGCAGCAAACACUGAAAGGACCAACCCAGGAUUUGUAUCAUAACGCAGGGUUCACAGUGCAACACUAAACAUUCCUCAACAAGUGCACACGUAUUUGCUCCUGAAUUAUUCCAUCCAUGAAUCUCAUAGCAAGUCUCCUUCAGUGGUGGCAUUAACUUUGAAGCCAGUAUCACCUCCAGAGGACAGGUGAUGCACAGGGAAGCCCAGCCCAUGCCUCCCAGCCAUUACAGCCGCUGCACCCACAGGACGCGACAAACUAUGCUCAUGACGCACAGAACAUGAGUAGGCACAGAAAGCAGCCUGCACCUCAGCUGUUUUCAUCUCUUAUGUGAUACUCUUCAAAGAACGGCGCCAAGAAGUGUCCCCAGGAGUGCACAUUUUACCACAGAUUAAGAACUGAACUAGUGGAGGGAAACAUACAUAUGAGAUGUCGUUAUCUGCAUAAAUACACAUGUCUAAACUAGUAAAAAUGAGGAUUUGGGGUAUUCUGGAGUGGCACAAAUAAGCUAUGUUGAGUAAGGCUGACAUAAUAAUAUUGAAGGGUACAGAAAGUUUAUGGAUCUGCACUGUAUCCACAAAUGUAAGGCAGAGGAGUGUCUUUUUGAUCUUUGUAUGCUGGAAUGUAUCUACAAAUUUGAAGCAGAGGCAUUUUUUUGUUAUAUAUAUAUAUUUUUUUUUUUUCUUAUGAUUAUUAUGUCCAAGAGCAGUAAUAUACAUCUGCACAAUCAUAUGUGAGAGUGUCAGAAAUAGGUGCAGAGGACAUCUCAUCAGUGUGUGUGUGUGUGUGUGUGUGUGUGUGUGUUUGAACAAAAGAGCCAUACAGUGUGUUUCCAGCUUAGGUAUUCAUAACUAUGUAAGAGAGUUCUCCACAGGUCAACAACAUGUUUUGAGCCUCGUCAUUGAAGGAGAGGAAGUCUUAAUGAACAGCCAAAGAGAGACAACCUGUACGGGAACUAAUAUUCAAGGCAAGAAAAGUUACCUCUGUCAUUUUCUAAGAGUAUAUUGCUGAUUCCUCUGCCAUGCUGUGUGUCAGAGCGUUGCUGCUUAAUACAGUCCUUAGUCUAUCUGACGUUUCCAUUGUAUGUACAGUUUUAUUAAAUUGGUCACAAAGUUUGUCCAAAAAUAUUUUAUUUCUUAUGCAUAAGACAUUAUUUUAUGUAUUUUCCUAUAUAUUUGUGUAUAAUAAUGAAUAAAUGUAAGUGUACCACCAA